AGCUGAUGCCGAUUUCGUUGUUGAUUUUUGUGGUAAAAAGAUAUUAAAUGUAAACGAUCCUCGGUUAAAAGAUCCUAAAAAGUAAUAUAAACAUACCUUAAGUACUUAAAAAUCCCUAUAGAGAUGCCAAGAUGAGCAACGCUUUGAAAGCCAAGGAAUUACUCAUACGCGCCGUUGAGUGCGACCAAAAUGCCCGGAUCUUGGAGGCCCAAACUCUCUACACGGAGGGGAUCGCUCAGUUAAUGCAGUUCGUGAACGGAGAACCGGAUGAAACGAAGCGGAAGGGAUUUCUCAUUAGGAUCAAGGAGUAUAUGGAUCGGGCGGAUGCCAUAAAAGCGCGGGUUAAUGGCAAACUCAUGCUCGGCGAGGUAGUUUCCCACGUCUCCAUUAACGAAAACGACACGGGCUUCGAUUACGAUCAGCUCUUUGGGAAAUAUAUGGAUGACAAGACCGUGGAAAUAAUGCUGGAAGAACCCUACAUGACCCAGAACUACCAGUAUCAAAACCUUGUGAGAUUCUUGGAGCUAGCCGCCACCAACUGCCCCAACCUGAAGUAUUUUCGACUGAUCACUAAAGAGUACCAGGAUGCUAAGAACCCCGAUCAACAAAGAACAAAUCUUGGACAGAUCAAAGGAGACUUGGAGCGGAGAAACAUAACAGUCGCCAUCAAAUAUGAAGACUCGCUGCACGAUCGCAAAAUCUACUUGAGCAAUGGGUACAUAAUCAAGAUUGGACGAGGUCUGCACUUUUACAAGGCCACCAACCCCAUGUAUUCCAUUGGCCUGGUCAACUACAAAUUCCGAAAAUGCCUCCAAACGGAUGUGGAUAUUUGGCGCAACAGCAGCGCAGCAUCCUGAAGCACAGACAAUGAUAUUUAGCUUUAAGUGAUGCAACUUAUACAACUUUUAUACAUUCUUUUCGUAUUUUUUAUAAAGAUUUCUUUCAAUUUCUGAGAAAACGAGAA